CGAAUGUUUCUGGCUUUCCUCCCGCUCAUCUUCUGUGAAUAUAUUUUUCUGGCCUCUGUUUGCUUACUCUUUAUCAACUGAAGAUCUCACACAUGUCCUCGAGUGAUUGAGACACCCUGUACGAAGCCCCCGCGAACCGGUCUCUCUUUGCUUUUAUGUGAAUCCGGUUUGCAUAAGCUAGAAUCCGACCACAAGUCUGGUUCAGCCGCCUUGAAGAUGUCUUCUGUUGGUAUUGCUAGUGUUGAUGGAGAGCCUCCUAGAAAGAGAGUUCGUAAGGGUACUCGGAGCUGUUGGGAAUGCAAACGAAGAAAGGUCCGAUGCCAAUUGAGUUCUGAAGAUGUCCCCGUCUGUUCGGGAUGCAUUUCUCGGGGGACGACUUGUCUAAGUCAGGAAUAUCCUGAAGAGCGUGACACUUCGGCGGGAAAUCAAGUUGGCGAGAGACUCGGCCGUGUUGAACGACUGUUGGAGACAUUGGUCUCAAAAAUCGAAUCAUUCGAAGAAGAAGAGAAUGUACACAAGAUCAUGACUCCAGAGUCUGUAGGAAAUGAUGUACUUACGCCAUUCACCACGAAUGCUUCCGCAAACCCUAACGUCGCCGACAAUGCCCCUUUCCUCUCUCUUUUUGAGAACUCAGUUGUAGGUACCAAGCCCUCUAACCUCCCUACUGGGCUGACAAUAUUAGUUUGGUCGCCGUGAUAACGUUCCAUCACAAGUCACUUCCCCUGCGGCACCUACAACGGGAACGAGAACCCCCUCCUGCAGACCACCAAAGCUAGAAAGAAUUCGACAGGCCUUGGUUGAUUUGUUGCCAUCUCAGCAAGAUGCGGAUCUGAUCCGCGCUGCCAGCAGCUCCUGGCUUCUCCUCCAUGCAUUUAAUA